GGGGAACUCCCCGUCGCUUUAGGAUGACGUCAGGCGCCGGCGCCGCACGUGGUGUAGUAGGCAAGGGAAGAGCCUGGAAGCCGGACGAGUUUGCAAGGCGUUGGCUGUGCGUGCAAAGAAGGCAAUGGGCAAGAACAAGGGAAAAAGUCAGAAGCCGAUGAAUGUAUUCCAUGUGGCCAACAAGAAAAUUGCGAAGGUUAAAAGGAAAGCAAAGCCAGUGACAACAAAUCUAAAAAAGAUUAAUAUUGUGAAUGAUGAAAAGGUUAACAUGGUGAAUAAGGUAUUUACAGAAGUACAGAAAGAAGUUAAGCAAUUGUCCAAAGCCAUUUCAUCGGACUCUCCAAAGAGCUUUCAGAUUCCAAAAGCUAUGGAAGGUGAGCCAGCCAAUGUGGAUACUGCUACUGACUUGCUGUCCCAAUUGUAGCACCAAAUAGUGUGAAGCGGAAGGGACAGCUCACAACCAACUUAUACAAUUUGGAAAAAGCAGCCAGAACGCCUCUGAUGGAAUCAAAAAGACAUGAGAUGCGAUGGUCUUCAGGCAACAGCAGAGAUGUUGCACUAGUUAUUUAAGAUGAAGACUCCCAUCCAUAUGGUGCACAUAUAGAAGGGGGCCAGUCAAUUUUCUGAACAGGUGGGCUAAAAUUGUGGGCCUCUGAAACAGCAAAUGCACUGAAGUGAAACAACCAUUUUUAAAUAAGCAUAUCAACCACAAUUACAAAAUUAAAAUUUCUUUGUUAGCUUGUUAAUGGAACGCAACAAGGUUACAAAAAAAAGCAGUUGUUGAAUUUGCUUGCUUCAUUCAGAAAACUCCUUCAAUCAAGAUCCCGUGGAAGCAGGGUGGCAUAAUAGCAGGGCUAUGAAGAAUAGUUGGACGGCUGAGAACAUUUAUUUUUUAUUUACAGCUGAAGUGCAAAACCAUUUCCACCGAAAUGCUAAAGAUCAGAAACAUCUUGGUUUGAGAAAACGUAAUCAAAAAUGAAGCUUAAUUAUUAUAGGGGAUAGUGGGACAACCUAAAGCUGAUUUGGUGGUGGAAAGCCCCACAUCCUCCUAAUUCAUGGGCAAAUUCAAAAGGGAAAAACACUAUAUAUGGCAUUUGAGAAAUUGGUUGGGAAAGCUUUGGACCAGGCAUGCUGCUGGUACAGACUCCUUGUACACAAUUUGGCAGAGCAAACAUUUAUUUUGCAAUGCAGCUCAUGCACCACUGGCAAUUAUUAGUGUUGGAACAUGACGCUUUUUGGAUGUGCAAAAAGAAAACUCAGGCAGAGUCUGCUCAGCUUUCAUAAGGGACAUUCUCCUGGUGAGUUUAGUUUGAGAUUCAUGUUCAACAAUCUUCCUGUAUUGGUACAGGGGCAUCAUGGGUCGAAUCUUGACUAAGAUUGUUAAAUUUUAGCCUCACUAAUUCCAAUAGGCCCCAAAUUCAACCAGUGUGCUAGUCAGGAUUCAAUCCCAUGUGUGAAGUGCGAAACAAAAGGAAACUUUGGAAAGGAGGAAACUACUAGCAAGAGGAGUAGUAAAACUGGAGGAGUGAAAGUCUAUUUCAAAUGUACAUGUUUGUAGACUGCCCAUGCAACAAUUUAGGAUGAUCCAACUUCAUCCUUGCAGAACAGAUGACACUCUUAGAGUGUUGGGAAACCAGACUUAUGGGGUGAUUGUUAGAAAGUCAUAAUUUAUCUCAGGCUAAAGUGAGAAACUCAAGCAUACCAUCCUGACCUUUGAAGGCUGGUGGGUAAGCUGCUGAAUAAUUCUGCAAACAGCAUGUUGCAGUAAUUCACAGGUAACAAUUUGCAAGUGGGAAAGGCUGUCAGCUAUAGGUUCCCGCGCCAUUAUUAUGAAAACACACUCAAUUAGGUUAGUACAAUGGGUGAUCUGCUCAUUCAGAGUCUGUAAUAAAAGGAUGCUGUUUCAGUUAACCCUGGUGAAUCCUGGGAGUCUGGAAUUGGUAUUUAAAUCUGGAGGCAAUGGGUGGUUGCCUGGUGUUUUCAGUGAGCUAAGCUCCCAGCUGUUUGCUGCUCUGAUUUACUCAAUGUAAAUCUUAGUGCUUCUGAGUAGUGCCAUUCAACUUGCUAUAUUACUCAUCCAACAAAUUAUUCUAGAAUGUGUCAUGUGAACAACACAAUCUGAAAGCUACACUCUGAUGCAAACUUUUCAGACAGUAAACCCCACUGAAAUCAGCAGGACUUACUUCUGAGUAAACACACAGAGGAUUGUGUUGAUGAUUCUACAUAUUUAAGAAAGUGGGAACUACAGUAUAAAAUAUACUUUGGACCCUAAAGAGGGCUGUGGUUAAAAUUGUGGGCAGAAAUAAUUUUAAAAGCAAACUGCAGUCUUCUACCCUUUCCUUAUUUUGUUAAACGUUUUGCAUAGGCAAAUGGAAAUAAAAAUGAUAAUUUGUGUGACUUUGUUCACAUAUUUCUUGCAUUCCUAAGGAGUGUCCCAGCAGUGUCACCCCAGCAUUGUUUAUAAUGAAAGAUUGGAGGAGGGCAUACGUACUAAAGUUAGGGAAACUCACUGCUUUGUUAACUGCAGGCAGCAGAAUGCCCACAUGCUCUAAACUCGAACAGGGUAAAAGAAUCAUGAUAUCUAACUGCUUCAAGUACAUGUUCACCUAAAACUCUAGCAAAGGGAUGUUGAGCUGGCAUUUGCAGGGAACUGUUAACUAGUGAAUCAGAGACAUCACACUUUGUAAAGAAGGAUGAGACAAUGAGAACAUAAACUUACCAUCAGAGGACAUCAAUUCAUCAAUGAUAUCGCUGUUAAUUAUCCCUAUGAACACAAAAAGCAAAUUCAUGGCUAUCCACAUAGACAAUAAGAUCAAAUUGGCUAAAAAACAGGAGGGAGUUAUGAGGCUUUCAUAUUUCCAGUUGGCAUGUGCAGUUAGUCAAGUAAACGUGUUAGCUAGCUACAGGUAUUUAAGGCUCCUGAAAUUUUCCAUGGGCUUUUAAUAUUACAUGUAGUCUACUCUCUUUGGUAUCUCUAGUGAAAUGGAAAUAUAGAGUGGCUUAACACCCAGCAGGAUUCUCAAGUGGAUUCAGAAAAUUACAAAACAAAAUGCCAGGUCAGUUAUGAAUAGUAUUUUGUAAACUAGCAUGCACCACCCCUGUUUAGCCUGCCCUGAAGGAGUAGCUAGGAGCGAAUCAAGUACUCCUUUAUAGUAUUUUCAUAAUAAAACAUGCUUAGUUUUUA